UCUCUGAGUCACGUGGGCUCAAAAUAAAAAAGGACCGGACAUCAAUAUCCGCACAAAUAGUUAGUUCGGCGAUUCUGUAAUGCAGCUGUGUUCAACCAGGGACCCGUUUCACAACGCCUUUUUCAAUAACAAAUGACACACGUCAGUGACAAAUCUGUUGAUAAUCAAUCAGAAGCGAGGAUUGCACUAGCUUACAACAAAAACUGUCAUUUGUCAUCAAUGACAAGUUUUGUGAAAUGGGGAACAGGUUCAUGAAUUAACGUACCAUCACGUUUCCCUGACGUAUGACAGAGUGGUAAAGAUUUGUGCAUUGUUUGGAUCAAUUGCUUGAAGAUUUCUUGAUUCUGAUAUCAUUUUCAAAACGAUGAAUUAUACUGCAGAAGACGCUGACUGAUAUUAUUUCAGGAUCGACAGCAGAACUUUCAUGAUUGAUUCUCGAGAUUAACCGAGCAUCACCGGUUCUCACCAUCUGACCAUGGCAUCGGCAUUUCAAUCAGGAACUUCGGGAAAAUGUCAGGGUAGCGACUGCAAGAGUGGCGAUUUUGUUGCCACCUUCAGUAUCAAAGAACAGCAAGACCUGUGCGAGGACUGUGUCUCAAAAAAAGCUCAGACAAUUCGGGAUCAAGAACCCCAAGAUUGGUCUUGUGACAAGCACAUGAAACCCAUCGAAUACGUCUGCCGCUCCCAUAAGAUUCCUCUGUGCCAGACGUGUGCUUUCCUUUUGCACCAGAAACCAUGCACGGUGCAGGAUCUUGAGGAUGCCGUUAGGGAAAAGCGGUCGAGGUUAGAGCUGCUGAUACAUAGAGUAACUGAGAAGCACCACGAGCUACAUCAGAAAGCCUCCAGGAUAAGAGAGUAUGGCGGUGGUUUAGAGCAGCACUUCAAAAGUGUGAAAGAUAAGAUCGCGAAGACUUUUGGCACAGAGUCCGAGGACAUCGAUUCUUUAUAGAAAAGAGAAAUUGAGAGCUUACGAAAAGAUGCAGACGAGCGGAUUAGCAAAAUACAAGAGGAACUAAACACACAACUAGAGAAGAGAAGACAAGUAGCAUACUCUAAGCGCGAGAAGAUCGUCCGAACAAAACAGAGGCUGGCGGACGACCUGAUAAAAGUUCAAGAACGGACACUCAGAAAAGUUGAUGAAUUGCAGUCACAGGUCGAUAGAGUUAUGGAUUCUGUAGAGAUUGCUCAAUGCCGUCUUGACAAACUUGUUAUGGACGACAGAGAUUUGAUUGGCCAAGCAGACAUGUUCGAAACAUCGUUGACAAGAAUGCUGGACACUGACAUCAAUGUCGAUGUGUUGAAACGCACCGUACAAAGAGGACAACAAGUACACUUCAAAUUAGGUGAUAAUGUCCACGAGAGCAAGGUUUCAGGACCUGAAGAAUCAUGGGAACUGAUCGACAGUGUUGCCAUUGCAAAGGACCUCGUCAAGCCUUAUUUCAUUGGUGCGAUUGAUGAAGAUCAAAUGGUAGUGUCAGAUAUGUCUUGCCGCACGCUGUACGUGACAAACCUGAAGGAUAAAGCUAUAAGUAAGGUCCUAGAACGUUCUGGAGAUUACAGAAAAGUCGUUUCUUGUACAUCUAUUGGCAAGGGGAUGAUUCUCUGUGGAAACUUCUGCAAGGGUGCAACCGGAAGUUGUUUCAAAGGUGCAAGCCUUUACAAUCGGCAAUGGGAGUUCAUCAGGGAUGUGGAGCUACCAAAGAACCCUGAGAGUGAGCAGACCUUCGCAUCAGUGCACGUUGAGAAAGGUGGGAGGAUCCUAGCCGCAGUGGCUUGCCAAUCUGACAUACACGUCAUCAACCCAGGCGAUGGCAUCGUCAGUCAGUCACUGAAAACCGGAGUAGGAAAAAUCCAAUGGCUUCGUUCUCUGCCGUCAGGUAAUCUCGUCGCGAAGACGGGACCUUGUGAGUUCACCAUCAUGGAUCCGACCGGAUCGAACCGGAUUUGCAUCAAGCACGACCGAUGGGAUGGAUGUCUCUACGAUGUGGAUCUCUCUGAUGGUUCCAUUUACGUCGUGUAUAGAGACAAGACUCAUAAUGUGUAUGCAGUGGAUAUGGUAUCAAGUGAUGGUGAACUUGAAGCGACCAAGGUAGUGGAAUACCCAGUGUCAAAGAACCGAAAAGACGUUGUCCUCCCCUGUGUUGUGACAGCACCGGGAACGCUGAUUACAUGCAACGGAGAGUACUUUUACGUGUUUAAACUGUCUUAACAAAAUAAAUUGUAAAGUGUUUCUCCCCAACUAGGCAAUUACUUUGUUAACCUCUCUCUCUUGUGUCGUAAUCUACAAUGUGCAUUAUCAAGUUUAUCGUGAUUUGCUUGUGUUUUGACUUAUUUCCCUCCCGUUAGAUGUUUCAUCAUUUCGAGUUCACUCAAAUUGGUCUGAAAAAGCCCCUUGUUAUUAAGUGAUAAUUAUGUAGCAGGGACGUAAAGUCAUCUUCAGAAUUGGGUACAGCAACACAUUGAUGUGAUGCUUACACCACGCAGUGUCUACACGCACGUAUGAUUGGAGGUGAACCGCCCGACACCAAUGCACCUUAUAUUAAGAACUAUAGGAAUUAUGGUUAGUUGGACAACAUUUACCUUACUAAUAAAUGUUGCAUGUCAUGGACCAGGGGCGGAUCCA